AUGAACACCACCAACGUGACACAAUGCCAGCCAGAGGGGAUCCACUUUGCCCUCCCAGUAAUUUUGGGCAUCGUCUCAGUGGGCGGGUUGGUCUUCAACAGCAUCAGCCUCUGGAUCUUCUGGUUUGCCAUCAAGCGCUGGAAUUCUGGCAUCAUGCUUCAGUUCAACCUGGCAUUGGUAGACAUCAUUGUCCUUCCGGUCAUGCCACUGAUGGUGGCCUAUUUCAGCUUGGGAAACCACUGGCCCUUUGGGCAGUUUGUCUGCCAGCUUCAAGUCUUCCUGCUCAGCACCCAUCUGUAUGGAAGCAUCUACUUCCUCAUGCUCAUCAGCAUCCACAGGUACCAAGCCAUUGUCCACUACAACGCCAAGACCCUCUGGAGGAAGAAGUCUGCCUUGAAAAAGCUGGUCUUGGUCUUCUGGGCUUUCCUCUUCCUGCAGGGACUUCCACUCUUCUUCUUCCUCAAGACUUCAGUCAUCGGCAACUCGGUCAAGUGCCUGAGCAUCUACCAGUCAGAGCUGACCUAUCUCUACCUAGCCUAUGGCAUCUUCCUGGGGAUCUUCUGCUUCCUCAUUCCCUUUGCCAUCUCUCUGGUGUCCUAUGUGAUGCUGGGAGCCUACAUUGCUAAAAUCAGUCAAGCCAAUCUCCGAGGCCAGGUAAUGAAGACCAAGUCGAAGCAAAUGAUCACCAUUGCCCUGGUCAUCUUUGCCACCUGCUUCACACCCCUCCACAUCUGUGGGUCCAUGGCUUCCAUUGUGAGAUAUUAUGGCGUGUCCUGCAAGGUUCUGUACCACAUAGAAGUCACCUAUUACAUUUCUUUGGUCUUCAGCAUGGUCAACUGUUGCCUAGAUCCCUUCAUCUACAACUUUGCCAACGAGAAAUUUCACAGGCUCUUUUCCAAUUCCCUAAGAGGAUUAUUGGUGUCCAAGUGA